AUGUCUACGUCUUCCGCUGCCCCAGGCUCAAUGGCUGCAGUCCAGCCAACAAAGGUUGAUAUGCAAACCUUCUUGGGUGUUAUAUGGGGAGGUUUUGCAAUCGCAGCAAUAUGCAUGGCCUUACGUACAUUCUCUAGAAUCAAGACCUUCAAAAGUCUUUACAACGACGAUAUUUUUGCAUUCCUCGCUUUGGCUCUCGCUCUCGCCAGCGCAAUACUAUGGCAGAUUCACGCUCAAGAAAUGUUCGAUCUUAUGGCCGUAUCUGCUCAGAUCAAAAUGCCUGGAGCAGAUUUCGUUGCCAGAAGUGAGGCUUAUUCCAGAGCAUCUGGAGUUGUCAUUAUCCUUUUCUAUUCGACCUUAUGGUCUGUCAAGUUCUCUUUCUUGCUCUUCAUUCGACGACUUGGUUCGCAUGUUGCAAAGGUUGAAUAUAUAUGGUGGCCAAUAACUAUUUUCACCAUCUGCACUUACUUUGCUUGCAUUGGUACCAUUCAAUAUCAUUGUUUGUUCGUUCCUUUGACAACAAUUGAAACAAAAUGCACCACGGACUCUGCGGUAAACUUCCAGCAAGUUACUUUAAAGUUGAACUGUGUUUGGGAUGUUUUGACCGAUGCUUUGAUAAUGGUUAUUCCAAUUAGUAUGUUGUGGGGAACGCAAAUGAAAAUGAAGAGAAAGAUUACUUUCGGUAUCAUUUUCUCUCUGGCUCUUAUCACAAUCAUUUUCGCCAUUGUAAGAACUACAGUCGUCAGCUCAUUGACCCGUAUGCCUGAUACUUCUUGGCUUUACAUGUGGUCCGCUAUUGAGACUACAAUUGUGGUCUGCAUGGCUUCUAUCCGCGGCCUUUUCUCCAAGGAAGAAGGCACGAAACCUUCCAAAUACACACCACCCAAAGCCUGCGAAGUCUAUCUACGCAACAACAAGAGAAAUAGAUUGAUGGGAACACUUGAUACAUUUACUGGUAGAGACAACUAUGUGCGAGCGGGAGAAUCAAAAAACAAUCAUAGUCCUACCGAUGGAGCAAGUAGUGUAACGAGCGAGCAGAACAUUCUUCCAUUGGACAAUGUCAGGGUCAAACAGCGAUAUGAGGUUACUCACGAGCUCGCUACGGGACCAGAGCGUGAGAGUACCUAUUAUGAGCACGUCUAG